GCACCCACCGCCCGUGACCCCACACCUUUCUGCCAGGACAGCCAUGGGCCCCAGAGCAGGUGCCCAGAUGAGCCCAGGCCUCGCCCUCCUCAUGUGGCUCACUGCCCACUGCUCUUGUCCCCAGGCCCAGGGUUUCUCCCAGGGAGGGCUGGAUGCCAGCAGGGCUGACCUGUGGGCCAGUGCCGACACCUCCCUCCUGCACGACUUCUGGUGCCAGCCGGCCAGCCAGCUGCCCCGGGACCAGCUUUCCGCUCUCAUCCGGGGGAUGGCCACCCAGCAGGUCCCCCUCAGAGCCUGGCAGCUCAGCUGCCUGGCCAACCUGGCCGCUCAGCAUGGCCUCCAGGACGACUUUGAGCUGCACCCUCCCAACCUGUUGCUGUUCUACAACCUGACGCAGGUAAGGGAAGCCGAUUGUUGGGCCUUCACCCGCCGCGCCGCUCAGGGGGACAUGGAGCUGCUAGCCAACCUGCCAGACCAGAGGGUCGCCCUGCGGCACGCAGCCUUGGCCUGCCUGGGAGCGCCCCACCCGUGGCUCAGCGCCUCUGACCUGCUGCUCCUUGGGGUCCUGGUGUGCGACAUGGAUGCGUCCCGCAUCGAGGCCGCAGACCCGCGUGUGCUGGAGAACCUGCAACGCUGCUGCCGGCUGACGGCCACCCAGCAAGCCGCCCUCAACACGCUGCUGGCCGGCGGCAAGACCGUGCUGGGGCCUCCUGGCUCCUGGAACCUAGAGGGGCUGCGGGCUCUGGGAUCCCUGGCCACCUACAUCAGCUCCAGCCUGUGGAUGCAGGUGCAGGAGGCUGUGGGCCUGGCCUUCUUCAGCAGCACAGUGGCCACGUACCAAGCUGGGCGGCUCAGCCAGCGUGAUGCCAGGCGCUUCGUCACUGGCUUUCUCGAGGCCAAGGCCGCGUCAGUGUCCUCUCGGCCCAAGCGGGGCACAGGGAGACCCUGCAUCCACGGGGACAUCACAGCGGCCAUGCUCCAUGACAACCUCUUCCUAGUGCACUAUGACUGUGUGCAGCUCGAGUCCUGCCUGGGCAGCCGCGUGCUCAAAGCCAACCUGGACCCCCUUCUGCAGCACCCACUGCCAGUCGAGUGCCAGCGUGUCAUCAAGGCCAAGCUGGCUCAGGUCUACCCACAUGGCGUCCCCGAGGACCAGCUGCGGCUCAUCACCUCGUUGGUCUACCUCUACUCCCGCUCGGAGAUCGGCCAGUGGAACAUCACGUCCAGGGACACGGUUGUGGCCCUGCUGGCCUCGGACGUGGCCCUGGAGAACCAGACCGAGGCUGUCCUACAGAAGUACCUGGACCACAACGGCACCAUCACCAGCACCCUGCUCAUGGCCAUCGGGGGCUCCCGCCUCUGCUGGAUGAGUGCCAGGCAGGUCCAGGCCAUCAGGCCCACAGAGUUCCGGCAGGCCGGGGCCCUGGAUAUCUCCUCCUGCCCCCAGAGUCGGAAGGACGCACUCUACACCAAGGCCCGCGAGGCCUUUGGCAGCGCCAGGAACACAGCUAACUACUACCGCCUUAUGCGUCCUUACCUCGGAGGUGCCCCCGUGGAGGAGCUGCGGUACCUGGUCCAGGCUAACGUCUCCAUGGAUAUCGACACCUUCACCAACCUGAACCCCCGAGUGCUGCAGAGCCUGAGUGUCGGCAAUGUGACCACACUGCUGGGCCAGAACGUGGGGGACCUGCAGAAGGCACGCAGCCACCCGACCAUCAGCUCCUGGCUCCGCAGCCUGAACACGUCGGUCCUAGGAGAGCUGGGCCUGGACAGGGACACUGCCGGCCCCACCAGCCUGGCCCGCUCCAGCACCGGGGCCCCCAACACCACACCUUGCGCGCCCCAUCUGGCCCCCACCUCGGGCCAGCCGGGGAACAAGGCCCCCACCUCCGGCAGCCCACCGGCCCACCUGAGGUACCUGCCACUCGCUGUGGCCCUGCCCUCCGGCCUCCUGGGGCUGCUGUAUUGGGGCACCCCAGGGCCCAGCCAGGACUGCUCCUGGGGCGCCUGCACCAAGGCCUCCAAAGGCGGCACCGGCCCCGCCCCACAUGCAGGGAAACUGGGGCUGGAAGGUGGAGCCGGACACCUGCCCAGGCCCAGGGGCAGGCUCCAGGCCCAGAGGACCUGGCCAUGUCCCACAUCCUAGGGGCCUGUGGGGCUGGUCCCCUCACAUCCAGCUCCCAGGACAUGGAGCUGGAAUGAGGACCUGGGCCCACCCCGCGGCCAGCCAGGAACAGUUGACCGAGUUGCUGCCCCAAUCCUCUGGCCUCCCUCAGGAUGAAGAACUGGUACUGGGGAGGGGGCCUUGCUGAUGGAUUUGAAUAAAAGACAAGGUGAUCCUCC